AUGUCUGAAGAUUCCUCCACAAAUGGCAUGGCGACCCCAGUCUCCGCGCAGAUGAACAGUUUGGCCCUCCACCAGAAUGAAUGUUCCCCCCAGUCCGAGCGCGGCGAGCGCAAACUGUUUGGGCUCGACUGGGGAAUCCCCGAUGCUUUCCUCCUCCCCAAUGGGUUUCCGGACUACCUGCGCUUGAUCUUGACCUCCCGGGUCUACGACAUCCUCGACGAGACUCCUCUCCACCACGCCGUCAACCUCAGUAAUCGAUUGGAAUGUCGGGUUCUUUUGAAGCGGGAGGAUUUACUCCCGGUCUUCAGUUUCAAACUUCGUGGUGCCUACAACAAGAUGGCUCAUCUGACUCAUGAGCAGCGGUGGAAGGGUGUGGUGGCGUGCUCCGCCGGCAACCACGCGCAGGGUGUUGCAUACUCCGCUCGCAAAUUGAAAAUCCCCGCCACCAUCGUCAUGCCCUCGGGCACCCCGGCUAUCAAACAUUUGAACGUUGCUCGCCUCGGUGGCAGUGUGGUUCUCCACGGGCAAGAUUUCGACGCGGCAAAGGAAGAGGCACACCGGUUAGAGAAGCAGCAUGGGCUCACCAGUAUCCCUCCUUUCGACGACCCUUACGUGAUCGCUGGUCAAGGAACCAUCGGCAUGGAAAUCCUGCGCCAGGCGAACCUGCAAAACCUCGAGGCCGUAUUCUGUGCUGUUGGGGGUGGAGGUUUGAUUGCUGGCAUCGGAGUCUAUCUCAAGCGGAUUGCGCCCCAUGUUAAGAUUGUUGGCGUGGAGGCACAUGACGCGAAUGCGAUGGCCCAGUCCCUGGGCUCGGGCGCGCGAGUGCAGCUGAAGGAAGUCGGACUCUUCGCCGACGGUGCCGCGGUGAAGAAUGUGGGCGAGGAGAACUACCGGUUGGCCCGUGAGGUCAUCGAUGAGAUCGUCCAGGUCAGCACGGACGAAACGUGCGCUGCGAUCAAGGAUUCGUUCGAGGACACUCGUUCCAUCAUCGAGCCCGCGGGCGCCUUGGCUCUUGCCGGUCUGAAGAAAUAUGUUUCCUUACACCCUAGCCCGGACACCAACCGCGAGCUGGUCGCUAUCACCUCUGGUGCUAACAUGGACUUUGACCGUCUGCGCUUUGUCGCUGAGCGUGCCGCCCUCGGAGAGCGCAAGGAGGCGCUACUGAGUGUCAACAUUCCCGAGAAGCCCGGUGCUUUCGCCAAGCUGGUUGAAGUGGUUCUCCCCCAUGCUGUGACGGCGUUCAGCUACCGCUACGCUCGCGACGACUCAGCCGACGUCCUUAUGGGUGUUUCUCUGUCCGCGUUGACGGGACGGGAGGAUCUGGCCAUCCUGAUGCGGGAGUUAGAAAAGGGAGGCAUGAGCACGAAGGACCUCAGCGACGACGAGCUUGCCAAGCGCCAUGUUCGCUUUUUGGUCGGUGGACGCUGCGACGUGCAAGACGAACGUUUGUUCAUGUUCGAAUUCCCUGAGCGCCCGGGCGCGCUCGCCAAGUUCUUGACCACGCUACGUCCCAACCAGAAUAUCUCUCUAUUCCACUACCGUAACUACGGUGGCGAUGUCGGCAAGGUACUUGCUGGUAUCCAGUGUCCUGGUGCCGAGAAGGAGGAUCUCGAGGCGUUCUUGAACGACCUGGGCUAUCCGUUCAGCGAGCAGACCGAUUCCCCCACUUACCGCACUUUCCUUCGCUCGUGA